AUGGAUUAUUAUAACAUACUGAUGGUAAAUCGGAACGCCAGCGAGGAUGACUUGAAGACGGCCUACAUGCGUUUGGCCAUGAUUUGGCACCCAGACAAGAAUGUUAACAAGAUUGAAGCUGAAGUCAAAUUCAAACAAAUUUCGGAAGCGUAUAAAGUUUUAAGUGAUCCACAGAAGUGCCAGAUGUACGAUCUUUACGGAGAGAAGAGUCUCCAAUCUGGAAAUGCCUAUGAUAUAUACGCGGAGGCUUUCGGGGAAAGCAGUAGUAAUGGCAAUGCUGGUAAUAGUAGUAGCAGUAAUAAUGAAGGUGGUGGGGGUGAGAAGGGUGUAGGAAUUGGUUCAAAAAUGACUAUUAUCGGGACUUCGUCAAGUCAAAAUGGUUCCAAUAAUAUGGUACCACCCAUGGGCAUACCGUUGCAUAAUACUACUAUCCCACAAGGGGAAAAGCUGAAAAAAUUUACAGGAGUAGACUUCAAGAACUUCCUAUGCAAGAACUAUAUCCUAAACGCAUUGGAUAAUACACUAUAUGGGGUGUAUAGUUCAAAGGAAUUAGCCAAGGAACUAUGGGAUUCUUUGGAGACAAAGUACAAAACUAAGGAUGCUAGAACAAAGAAGUUCAUUGUCAGAAAAUUUUUGGACUACAGUAUGGUGGAUUCCAAAACUGUGAUUAGCCAAGUGCAAGAGAUUCAAGUCUUAUUGCACGACAUCCAUGCCGAGAAAAUGGAAUUGAGUGAAUCAUUCCAAGUGGCUGCCAUAACUGAGAAACUCCCUCCUAUGUGGAGAGAUUUCAAAAAUUACCUCAAGCACAAACACAAGGAAAUGAACUUGGAAGAAUUGAUUGUGAGCUUGAGGAUUGAAGAGGAAAAUCGAAAAACCGAACGAAGGCCGAUUGAUCAAGAUGGUGCAAAUUUUGUUUAA